CAGAGCAAAAAAAAUAGUUUCGUUGAAGCCCAUAAAAGACGCAAUCGAACUUCUGCUGGAAAACAUUCCGCACUCAAUUGUCCAUCGAAACACAAUGAAGCUUCUCCACUUGCUGCUGAGCCUUUGCCUGGCCUUCCUGCUGUGCGCUGCGCCGCUGAUCCAGGCACAGACGGUGCCACCCAUUCCAACAGCGGCGCCAACACCACCUAACGGUAUCGGUAACGGCAACGGCGAUGGUAAGGUUCCAGCGCCCCCUACUGUGCCAACCACCGUGGAGGCACCCCCAAGCAGCACUGCGUACCCGAAUUACGCUGGAUAAACGUAGUGUAGAGCAUUCGCCAGUCGGCUACUGUAACAGUUUAUAAAUAAAUAUUCGCAAUGCAUUCGCAAAGGCCCAUUAC